AUGGGUCGGGAGUCCUGUCACUCGCGUGAAGAGGUUCUGAGCUGGAAGGCCCUCAAGUGUUCCGAGGUGCCUUCGGCGAAAACGGAAUCCCGUACUGUGGUGACAUGCCGCCCGCCGUAUUCUGGGGGGGCACACCACUCGAGGACCAUCACACCAAACGACUCUGGCAAGCGACCAACGGACACCGAUGCUCACGAACUGGAACUGUUGUUAAGGUUACGAGGAGGAGGAGAUGCUGAGGAGGCAGUGAUAGAGCCCUCCCCGAAAACUGCUCAUGGAGGAGAUGCAGUCAGCGAGGAGGAGGCGGGCACCCCGUCCUCACCUGGGCUUGCCCUGCCCUCGCCUAGGCCCGUCCCGGCAGGGUACCGCCCACUACGGGACGCACUCGGGCGUUACAUACGCUACCCCGCGUCCGAGACGGUAACGGGGAUGGAGGAUGCGCCUGUGCCCACAGGGUUUAGGCAGUUCGUGCGUCCCUCAACCCCGAAAACGAGAGUGUUCACCGGGAGGAUGUCCGGCCCACGCGGAGUCUCCACGCCGUCACCCGAGAGGGAGGAGUUCUACUCCCCCUCAAGGCUAGAUGGACGAGACCUGUUUGGCGCGGUCUCCCCCGCUGAUACCGGCGACUCGGAGGGCUCGGUAGACAUGGGUCCCCCGAGGGCGCUGGAAAAGCCCUCGACCUCGGGCAUGGGCCUGAAGUUCUGGGGUUCGAGGCCCGACAAGCGGCCCGCGGACGACAUAGCGCUGUCUUCCGGGUCAGAAAGCGACGUGGGAGCCGCGGUACCACUGAUCGGCGCUGCCAAAAGCAGCAAGAAAGUUAAAGCGGGGAGGCGCCAAAGCGCCCCCAAAACGGAAUGGAUCCGCUGGGCCAGUCGGACUCAGCGCGGAGCGGGGCUCGACGCACGACGCGGGACUUGCCCAGGCGAAGCGGGAGCUUCACCGCCUGAGGCGAGAGGAGCUCCAGCGCAAGGCCGAGCAGGAGCUGGCAAGCCUCACGCGGUCGCUGGCGCCUGGAAAGCCAACCUAAAGGGGACAUUUGUACGGGCCCUCAAGGUGGCUGUCGCGUCAAUCGGGGAAGCGGUCGAAGACCUGAAGGAGCUUACUUCCUCCGAAGAGACGCGACGGCUACAGAGGCAAAAUGCCAACUUGAGGGUGGAGGUUAAGGACCUGCGCUCCGAAGUGGAGGAGCUGAAAGCGGAGCUCCGGGCCCACUUCAAGAAGCAGGCCCCGCCCUCCUCGUCCCUCCCCAAAGAGGCACCACAGCCCGUCACUGUCCCCCCAGGACGUUCCGAUGUGGACGAGCUGGUCGGAGCAGUCGCGGCCAGGGUAGGACGGAUGCUCGACGAGAGGCUCGGAGCUCUCGAACGCGACGGCAGGCUUCUGCCACUCAGGACUGGGCAGCCCCCACCGGCUGCAGACCGGGCACGAAAGGCCGUGCAAACGGCCACAGGGGUAAAAACGGGAGGGCCAACGCCUACCCGAGGUCCCCCAAAUUACAUAGUGGAACCCCAAAAGGGCGACAAGAAGAAGGGAAAGGGCAAAGGCAAGGGCAAGAAGAGCGCGCCGAAACCAUCAGCGAAGGCCACUGCUGGCACUAAGAGUCCUCUCCCGCCCGCCACUGAACCCCCUCGGCCAGCGGCCGCCACGUCCACUGACGAGGGCUGGAAGGUGGCGGUUGGAGGCAGAAAGAGGAGGAAGAAAGCGGCAGCGACAAAGGCAAAGGCGCCACAGCCAGCACCUCAGCGUGCGAAGCCCAAAGCCCGGAGACUUCGCCCUCCCCGCUCGGCAGCCGUGGUGCUCACCCUACAGCCGGAAGCACUCGAAAGCGGUGUCAACUACGCCCAGGUGCUCUCCAGGGCAAAGGAGACCGUAAACCUGGAGCAGCUCGGCAUCACCGCCCUGAAAUUUAAGCGGGCAGCCGCCGGCGGUAGGGUGCUGGAAAUCCCAGGUGCUGACAGUGGCGAGAAGGCUGACUCGCUGGCCGAAGCGCUAACUGAAAAGCUGGGGAGUGAAGUCGUCAGAGUCUCCCGGCCAGUGAAGUGCGCGGAGCUGCGAGUCACCGAGCUCGACGACUCAGUGUCCCCUAGCGAGGUGGUCGCGUCGGUCGCGAAGGUCGGCGGCUGUGCAGAGGGCCAGAUUAAGGCCGGAGAGAUUAGGCAGGAUGCCUCCGGCCUCGGCACGAUCUGGCUUCGCUGCCCAGUCACCGCAGCUAAAAAGGUGGUGGAGGCCGACCGAGGGCGACUCCAGGUAGGGUGGGUCCGGGCAGCGGUAAAACUGCUGGAUCAGCGUCCCAUGCGGUGCUUUAAAUGCCUCGAAAUGGGGCACGUGAGGGUAAACUGCACCAACGACGUUGAUCUUAGCGACGCCUGCUACCGCUGCGGCAAGCCCGGCCACAGAGCGGCUGUCUGCUCGGAGGAACCACACUGCGCCAAGUGCUCAAACGAGGGGAAAAAGGCCGACCACAUGCUUGGCUCCAAAGCGUGCCUAGCCCUUGCCCCGAAAAAGGGGAAGAGAAGAAAUGAAGUCGCCCGCCGGGCCCCAUCCCACUCCACGAAGUCCCCAGACAUCGCCAUGGAGACGCAGGAGGUGAACCCAGUACCAAAGGAGUAA